AUGCUUGUACAGACAGCCCAGGGGACAAACCGUCAGCCUGGAGCACGCCCUUCCUGAGCGCCUCCUGUUUUCUCAGCCAGUUCCUCGCGCUCACAGAAGGCUGUUGUCUCCCAAGGGGCGUUGGUGUCAGGAGCCACCACGGAACAUCACCCCCCUGGUGGAGCACAGGGACGGUCCCAGGCAGCCUGGCUGCUGCCCUGGGCUUUUUUCUGUUGUCGCUGUCUCCUCGGGAGGCGAGGACGGCGCGGUCCCUGGCUGCAGUGGUGGCCCUGCCAGCCUGCCCUGCCUGCUGCUCGUGGCUCCUCUGGGUCCAGCUGUGCAGCUGAUGUCUGCUUGGCAUCACGUCGCUCCCUGGGAGUAUCCGUGUCGGGUGGAAACCCCCCCAAUGCUGCCGACACCUAGGGAGUGAAAGAGCCCACCUGAAUGCUCCUCCUCUACUGGGCAAAGGAGACCAGGAAACCCCAGUGCUGGGGACAUAGGGAGCUCUUGGACUGGUGCCUGCAGGGUCCCAUCGGCUCCCACCCACCCGGACAUGGCUGGGCAAAGCAGGUCACCCCUGCCCCUGCUGCUGCUGAGCCUUGUCUGCCUCGCCGUGCUGCACCUCGUACUGGCGACUACCAUCACAGAUGUGACAGCAACCGUGUCCACGAGUGUCCCUACCUCCCCGACACCUAUGGAGACCUCAGCACUGCUGCCCACCACUGACCCCACCACUGCAGACACUCUCCCUCCCUCCAGCUCUGAAUCCUCUGCCCUGGAGAGGUCCAGCACAUCGCUGGGGACCAGCAGCUUCUCACCAUCCCCUAUGCCUCCUCUCACCACACCAGCACCAACAGUCGCUUCAGCUGAGCCCUUGACAACUCUGGCAGACAGCACAGCCAUCCCCUUUACCAGCAGGGACACGUGCAGCAGCAAUCCCACAUCCAGGACUACCCCUGGCAACUCCAAGUCACCUGUGGGGUCGACUCCAGGCAUAUCAACAGUAUCUGGGACCCUCAGUACAGCUACAGGCACGGAGCCCUCUUCCCCUGCUGCCAGCUCAACCCAGACCACAGAGGUUGCCCUCAGCACCUCUGCAGACCUGCCAACGAUGCUGCCUGUCUGCCCCACCACCAGAUCCAACACCAGUGCAUCUCAUCUCUUUCUGUCACUGCGGCUAACCAUCCCCCUGGACCUGAGCAACACCACAGUGCAGGAGCUGCUGUUGUCCAAGCUCCGCGGGGACUUACAGACAGCGUUCCCGUGCGCUGGCCUGGCCUUAGAGUGGCGAGGGAAGAGGAGGACCUGACCGCUGCUCCUCGCCCAGCCAGCACCCACGUGGGCUGGCAAGCCGUCUGCUGCCAGCUCCUAACUCACAGCGGUGCAGCCCUGUACAGCUCCCCUUGAACCUGACACCCCCCGUCCUUCACUGCCCAUCCCCACAGGACCCCCAGUGCCUCUCUGUGGGCUAGGGUGCCCCUGCCCCUUCCCUCAGCCUCUCUGCAGAGCCUGAGCCCUCCCACCACCCUGCAUCAGACCUGGCUCCUGUGAUGAGACUCCCCCUACCAGCACUGCCAGGGGACCAAGAAGAGAGGACCCUGUGGGGAUGGGCUUUUACAGCUGGGACUGAGCUGGCUCAGCCAUGAAAGCCACCCUGAGGACCAAUGGGUGAGAGAAAGGAGACCUAGAACCCCAGUGCUGCUGUACCCAGGGCACUCAGUGCUUUGGUGAUGGUGGUCUCCAAAGAUUUGCAACCCAGGAGGCUGCAGUGCCUGAGGUUUUCAGGAGAUGCUUCAUAGCUGGUUUACAUCCAGAGCGGGCCAAGGUG